GGGUCUUUCCUCUUUCUCACAAGUCUCCCACUUUAUCUUUUUUUCCUUUUUUUAGAAAAUUUGAAGAGAGUCCAUUUUAAGACUGAGGUAGAGAGAUAGAGAGGGAGAAGGGUUGUCCAGAUUCUUUUGCCCUCCUGUGGAAACUCCUUUCUUCUUCUGGUUUUGGCUGCGCUUUGCACAGAUUUCUUUCCUUCCAUUUUUGGAUGUGGUGAAGAAGACCUUCUCUUUUUUCCUUUCAGUUUUCGGGAUUUGAAAGCUUUGAUUGAUUGUUUAGUUGGAGGAGGAGGAGAUAUGGUGAGAGGGAAAACUCAAAUGAAACGAAUCGAGAACGCCACGAGCAGGCAAGUGACCUUCUCUAAGCGUAGGAACGGAUUGCUCAAGAAGGCCUUUGAGCUCUCCGUUCUCUGCGAUGCCGAAGUCGCUCUCAUUGUCUUCUCCCCCAGGGGGAAACUCUGCGAGUACUCCAGCUCCAGCAUGCAGAAGAUCAUAGAUCGUUACCAAAGACUUGCUAGAGAUGUACAAACCAACAACAAGGCAAUGGAACAGAAUAUACAGCUUUUGAAGUACGAAUAUGCUAACAUGGAAAAGAAGAUUGAAAUUCUUGAAGUUUCAAAACGGAGGCUUAUGGGAGAAGAUCUGGGAGCAUGUUCUAUAGAUGAACUGCAACAGAUAGAAAGGCAGUUGGAGCAAAGCUUAAGCAAUAUUAGGGCAAAAAAGACUCAGUUAUUUAAAGAACAUAUUGAGAAACUAAAGGAAAAGGAGAGGAUACUGAAAGCAGAGAAUGAAAUACUCUGCGAGAAGGUGCAGGCACAGCAACCAACAAUCCAAGACAGAGAGAUUGUCCCAUACAGUCAAAGUAAUCCACAUACAGAUGUGGAAACAGAACUGUUUAUUGGAAGACCUGAAAGAGGAACUGAUAGAUCAGAGAACUGAUAGUAUGGUCAAUGGUACCAGCAUAGGAUGAUUCUAAAGGAAGAUAGAUCAGUGUUUUGGUGGCAUGAAAAGGACUCACAUUGAUUUAUCUACAAUUGCAAUAUGUGAAACAAAUUGGAAAACAACAUUAGCAAUAUAAUAGUUUUAAUUGGUUGAUAUUGGUGAGUGUUUACACAGCUCUUAUAUAUGUAUAUGGAACCUCCAACCUAAUGUAUAAAAAAUUAACUUGCAGAA